ACCCGACCACUGAAAUAGGACAAGAAGGUCUUCGUACUUUGAAAAGGCCCCCAAAAAGAAUUGGCCGGACCAAUACGGCGCUUUGGCUCGACUCAAGAAGUGUUCGUGUUACGGAAUCUCCGACGGUCUCGCUAUCAUCUGGCAACUUCGACCUUUCCCACUCAAGAAAACAAUAUAUCUGCCAAGGAUGAAACCCUUGUCCGUCUCCAGUCGGCGAUAUCGUGUUUCGUGCGGGGAUUGGAUCCCCCAGGGAACAGUGCGACACCACGCGUGAUUAACGGUUUGCGGGACCAUUCUUGGAUGGGAGAAAUUCUGAUGGACUUCUGAUUAUAUAACAGACGAGGGUCUGAGUAUCUGGGAAAGAUGUGCAUGGCUAGACAAGUCGUUGUCCUGUGAUAUCAAUCUGCUCAUACAUUAGGGAAUCUUCCUCAUUUGUGCUCGGAGAAACCUUGAAGACUUGCUGAGAUGCCCAAUCCGGAGUCCGGAAUACACACGAUGGAUGACAAGUUAGAGCCUCUUGCUAUUGUUGGCAUGAGCUGGCGCUUCCCUGGUGAGGCCCACUCUGCCAAUGGCUUCUGGGAUGUACUCAGCAAUGGUAAAUCUACAAGAACACGUAUUCCAGCGGAUCGUUUCAAAGCCGACGCGUACUAUCAUCCCUCAGCCGAUCGCCAAGGAUCUAUCAUCACCAAGGAAGGUCACUUUCUGACAGGAGAUAUUGGCGCUUUCGAUGCGCCUUUCUUCUCAAUGUCCGCUGCAGAAGCGGAGGGGAUGGACCCGCAACAUCGUAUCCUUCUAGAAGUCACAUACGAGGCGUUUGAGAAUGCCGGUAUGUCUAUCAGAUCUGUGGCUGGAAGCCAAACAGCUGUCGUGGUUGGGGGCUUUACCAAAGACUAUGAGGCGACAUCUGGCCGAGAGAUGAACAACAUAUCUCCGUACGCGUCAACUGGCUGUGGAGCCUCGAUGUUGGCGAAUCGGCUUUCAUGGUUCUAUGACCUGCGAGGCGCGUCACUCAUGGUCGAUACUGCAUGUUCGGCAAGUCUAGUAGCACUCCAUCUGGCUUGCCAAGAACUGCGAGCAGGGCAAAGCAGAAUGGUACCUAGCGUUCUGCCCACUCUUGUUGCAGCUUGUCGCUUUAUCGGGCCUCAUCCCUCUUCAUACGUGAUCAAACUUGAUACUAAUAAUUCUGGCUACAGGCAGUUGUUGCUGGUACGAAUAUAAUAAUUCAGCCGGAAGUCUGGAGAGGACUAUCAGCUCUGCGGUUUCUCAGCCCUGACGGAACAUGCCACAGUUUUGACAGCCGGGCCAAUGGCUACAGCCGCGGUGAAGGCGUGGGUACCAUCUUAAUAAAGCCGUUGGCGGAUGCUCUUCGUGAUAACGAUGUCAUCCGCGCUGUCAUCAGAGGUACUGGUAUCAACCAAGAUGGCAAAACCCCAGGAAUCACCGUGCCGAGCUCUGACGCUCAGGUAAA